UGCUCGUUCACUCUUUCAUCCGAACUACAAACCGACCAUCCUCGAAGUUCCCAAAAUAAUAACGGUGUCACUUCGCCGCCUCGAACAACGCGAAGCUUGAUCAAGUUCCGAAUGGCGUCCUCCUUAUUAUUAACCUCGGACAAAUGACGGUCCCUCCUCGAUCAUUAAACUCUAAACCCUAACCCUAGUCCCUAAUUAUCGUGCAGAGCUCCGGCCCUCUACCAAGAGCUUCCCAUCGUUCGCAUUGCUCGUUUAAUCUUGCGAUUUCCACCUGAGACCUGAGAUGUUGAGGGCGAUGGCGGAUCCUUCGAGGAUUUUGUACAUCGCGGUGGUCGACGGCGACGGGGGAGAGAAGGAGCGAGCCGCCUCGUUUCGGUACACUCGAUCCCUGCUUCAGAGCACGCUCCAGCUCAUGGGAUGCAAACCUCGUCACGCUUUCAAAAUUAGCCGGAGAGUAUUUGAUGCUAUCAGAAGCAAACAGUCAGCUGGUGAGCUAUGUUCCCUGGGGGAUAAAUUGUUGAUUUCAGAUGCCUCAAAUAAAAUGUCUGAUUCAGAGAGUGAUGAUGAAGCUUCCCUUCACUCAUCUGAAGAAGGUGCAGGGACAAUGAACUACAUGCCGUUUGAGCUAUACAAAAGGCUGACAACUAUUGUUGUCCCAAGAGAAACCUUCUUGAAUGUAGUAUGUCACGCACUUUCUGAAUACAAGUACGUGGGUCCUAAUCAAAGGGCUGACUUGGUUCUGGCUUGCAGAAUACGUGAAAGAAAGGAAUCUGUCACAGUUCUCUUGUGUGGCACAAGUGGAUGCGGCAAGUCAACGCUGUCUGCCUUGCUGGGUAGCAGAUUGGGUAUAACUACUGUGAUAUCUACUGAUUCAAUACGCCACAUGAUGAGAAGUUUUGUGGAUGAAAGUGAGAAUCCUCUCCUUUGGGCCUCAACAUAUAAUGCUGGUGAAUACUUAGAUCCAGUGGCAGUUGCUGAAGCCAAGGCAAAAAGAAAAGCACGAAAACAAGCUGGUAUUCCCCGGGCAAGGCUUAAGGAAGAGUCACUUGGUUGUGCUUCAAAUGAAAAACUUGAUGGUAGAUCCAUAGACGGGGGACCUGGUAACGAGUUUAUUGGCAAGAAACAAAUGGCUAUUGAGGGGUUCAAGGCGCAGAGUGAAAUGGUCAUUGAAAGCCUUGACCGGUUGAUAACUGCAUGGGAAGACAGAAAAGAAUCUGUUGUUGUUGAAGGUGUCCACUUAAGUCUCAACUUUGUGAUGGGGUUGAUGAAAAGGCAUCCUUCAAUAGUACCAUUCAUGAUCUACAUUCAAAAUGAGGACAAGCACAUGGAGAGGUUUGCUGUACGUGCAAAAUAUAUGACGUUGGACCCUGCAAAAAAUAAGUAUGUUAAAUACCUGCGCAAUAUCAGAUCAAUUCAGGAGUAUCUCUGCAAUCGUGCUGAUAAGCAUCUUGUGCCAAAGAUAAAUAACACGAAUGUUGACCGAAGUGUGGCAACAAUUCAUGCCACUGUCUUCAGCUGCCUACGGAGGCGAGAGGCAGGAGAUCAGCUAUAUGAUCCAGCCACAAACACAGUGCCUGUAAUAUAUGAAGAGUAUAGAAAUCAGUGUGUUGCUAAUUCAGUGGGUUCAAAAGGAAUGUUUCAAUUAAUUCAGAGGUUGGGAUCCUCAAGGAAUUUAAUGGCUGUACUUAAUACAGAUGGUUCUGUUGCUAAGGCUUGGCCAGUGAGGCCAGCAGAUGGUGCCAACAUGCCUAUGUCAAGCAAAGCAGUGGGAAGCUGUGUGCAGAGUCCCAUGUACGGUCCCUUACAAAUUGGGAAAGCAGAACCAGUUAAUCUCCAGUUUGGUAAGUUUGGUAUCAGUGCUUGGCCUAGUGAUACUGGUGGCAGCAGUCAUAGUGGAAGCAUGGAUGACUACUGGGCUGAUGGUAAUGAUAAUGGUAGUAGAUAUUUUUCUUCGUCUUGCAGCUCACCAAGGAUAUCAGAAGGAACAACGAAAGAGCCUAUGGAGGAAUUGUCUGUAUCUGGCAGCGAAGAAGAAGAUGAUGAUCUACCUGAGGUUGACAGUGAUGAGGAUCCGAGUGAUGCUAAGGAGGGAAUAAAUGAAGAGAUGGAAGGUUCUGUUGAUGAAGAGUCGACCAAGUCCGAUGAAGAGUAUGAAGACCUGGCCAUGCGAGAUGGCCUAGAGAAAUGAAUACUGGUCUGAUGAUGCCAAGGGGCCUUAUAACCUCAAUAAACCAACAGUGGAGAAACCUGCAUAAAUCUAACCGUCAAAAAGCAGAGCACUGGUGAUAUGAGGGGGAAGUACCUUAAAAUCUAGGUUUAGUGAGAUGACGUAAACAAAUUCAAUUGAGGAGUUGUAGAGUGAGAAGACUGAAACUUGAGGGCCUCAGACAGUAGUGAGAGAAUGAUCUCUUCUUCAUGGUUGUAAAUGACUGAGCUAUUGAAGUUGUUGGUAACUUUAUUUUACCUCAUUACUGUAUCUUUUUUUUUUGGCGUUACUGUGGAGUGAAUUCCAUGAUGUGGACCUGAUUAUAUCCGAUCGAUGGUCAAGUGCGGGUAUGAAAGUUAUUACAUGCUGAUUGAGUCA